AAACAGCUGUUGUUGUCGCUGCUCAUGUAAUCGCAUAAACGACGGUUUUCGCUCUGGAUUUUGUGGAAUAUUCAAUUAAAACUUGAAAAUGCUGCGUCGCCUCGUACAGAUUAGCUCCAAGCCACUGACACGUCCACAAAGCACUACUGCUGCCAAGGAGAAAUGGGAUCUCUAUGCCGGAGUGUUGGUGGAACGACUGCCUGUUGUUUCAAAAUCCUUAAAUCCCUUGGAACAGCAGUUUCAAGAACUUCUUUGGCGGGUGGAGCAUGAAAACAGUUUAAAAUCCAACCAUGAAAUAAAACAUGAACGAGACCUAGCCCAGGCCGAACUUAUUAAGCAAGGAAAAGCCCAAGUUGAAGUGGAUGACAGUGCGGCCAAACAGACGGCACAGGAUCUGAAAGAUGCCUAUGUCGAGGAGUUUAAGAAAUUUCAAUUGGCUGCACGUAAGACACCUGAUGAUGCUGCCAAUAAGACAGAUUCCACAGAUCGCUGCCUUGAGGAAACUGUCUAUUUGCUCGUACAGCAAAAAAUAGGUCAGCAACAACAUCUCCUUCUGCCGCAGGGUAAGCGUACAGAUGGUGAAUCCAUGCGCCAAACAGCCGAACGUGUGCUACGCGAACAAUGUGGCCAGAAUCUUCAGGUCCUGUUCUACGGCAAUGCUCCGGCUGGUUUCCACAAGUACAAAUAUCCCAGCAAUCAGCGCAGUGAAAGCGUUGGAGCCAAAAUCUUUUUCUAUCGGGCUUCUUUGCUUAGUGGCAAUGUGGAUGCAAAACAACAGCCAACCAUCAAAUACGAAUGGCUACCAAAGGAGGCUCUAAGUGGGAAAUUUAAAAAUACCGCCUAUGCGGAAAGCGUUAACAAGUUUCUGUUUUAAUGAAUAUAUGUUUUCACCUAUUGUUUAAAUGAGUAAAUAAAAAAGGCUUUAUUUUCAAUUAAAA